UUUUGGUGGCGCACCCUUUGAAGCUAACGAGUUUGUUAGGUGGUUUUACUCUGGGUGGUUCUCCUGACAAGAAAUGUGAGAGAAUAAAGUGCUAUUCUAAUCACGAAAAAAAGCACAGCUAUGACCCAAAACCAUGUGUCAGGGAUGGAGACCUCCGCCGUCUCCGUGCUGAAGCGGGCGGUGGAGUUGGACCAAAGCGGCCGUUUCCAGGAGUCUCUGGUCUGUUACCAGGAAGGGAUCCAGCUGCUCAUGGACGUGCUGAAAGGUAAGCUGUUUUUUUCAAUGUUAUUUAGCUAUACAUGUGCAGCUGAAAAACUAGACCAUUAUAGAAGGGUCAUUAUUUUUCACAAGUUAAUAAAUGGAAGGGAAAAUGUGAUUUACUCCAGGCUUACAAACGCCUCAAGUUUUUUACACUUUAAAUUUUUAUGAUCAUGGUACACAGAUUAAAAACUACAUAAAACAACAAGAACAACUUUUGUUGUUCAGAGUACAAUGAUUGAUACCAUCCAGAUCGAGGAUAAGCCACAGAAAAUCACGGCUUAUAAGGGCCAGCAGAAGCAGAGUGUUGUAUUAAGGAAUAUCUAGUUGACUUUCCCACUAAGUGUGGAAGUAAAAGAUGCACAACGAUGACCACAGCUUUUAGAGUAUUGUCAAGAAAAGGACAAGACCUUCACAUGAAGUGGACUGAAGCCAGUGUCAGUCAAUCAAAGACCAUCACACACAGACAUCAGCAGGAAAGAGGCUACAAUGGUAAUAUUUACAGUAUCAUGACGCUCCUGAGUCAGGGCCCACGUCUAAAGCAUCCUACUUGGUCCAAGGAGGAAGUCUGUUGGACUGUUGCUUAGUGGUCCAAAGUCCUCUUUUCUGGUAAAAGUAAAAUUUGCAUUUCAUUUGGAAAUCAAGUUCCUGGAAUCUGGAGGAGAAGUGGAGAGGCACUAAGUCCAAGGUGAUUGAAGUCUGGUGUCAAAUUUUCCCAGUCUGUGAUGAUUUGGGUGUCAUGUCAUUUGCUGCAGUUGGUCCAUUGUUCCAUCAGUCCAAGAAAAUAUGUGAAAGUUAACCACUGUGAUUUAAAUUCUGAAGAAAAGGGACUUUUACCACAAUAUACUAAAUUUUCUUGCUGCACUUGAAAAGUAGAGGAACUCUGAUUUAGAAAUGAUCAAAACCGUAUUUUUGUUUCUUUUCUAGCUGUGAAAGAUGAUUCGAAGAGAGGACACUACAGGGAUAAGAUUAAGGGAUACAUGGACAGAGCCGAGCAGAUCAAAGUUCACGUGAACCAGAUGAAAGAAGGUGGUUAAUGUAAAUAUUGUUUCAUAAGCAAUAGUUAAAGUUUCACCUGUGUUUAGUUCUUUGCAGUCUUGUUAGUUUAAGAUAUUUAAUCGCUGCUAUGUGGUUUUCUCAGCUAACAAAUUAGAGCUGAAUCAGGAGAAAGACCAUGUUAUGAAGGUUGUUCUUACAUAAGUAUGUUUAUUUCAUGUGUUCGUAUUAAUGCGUAGGUACUGAUGUAAUAUAGUGUCUCUGAUAAUGUAAGACAUGUUUUAAACUUAAAGAUCCCUGGGUCAAAGCCCGCUGGUGCCUUUUUAAAUGUGCUGACUUCUUCUGUGUUUUCUCUCCUGUUAGACGGGAAGUACCAUGAACAGAUAAAAAUAGCCGAGGACGCCACAGGUUACAGCUACGAGUCUCUUUUCAAGCCUUACAUCAGCAGUGUACUCACAGAGGUCUGGGUACAGGACCCAUACAUAAGGCACAUACACCAAGUAAGAUCUUUGUUUUCAUCCGUGUUUGUUGUCUCAGGUUGUUCUUUGAUUGAUAAAAACUGGAUUAAUGAGAUUUCUGCUCAUCCGAAUUAAAAUCUGGCAUUUUAUUGUGUGGCAAAAAUGAAUCUUAUUACUUAUAACUGUGACUAAAAAUGGCGCGGUAGAAUUACUGAUGACUGUUUCUUUUCAACAUUUAAUAUUUACAUUUAUUUAUCGUGUAAUAAGUGAAAAAAAAACAUCAAACACAGUGAUAACACUUUCUGCAUCUCUCGCUCUCAGUUGUAUAACUUCCUGCGGUUCUGUGAGAUGUUACUUAAAGCGCCUUGUAAGAUAAAAAAGAUCCAUCUACUCACUUCACAGGAUGAGGUAAGUCAAAAGGUCUCACUAUGCAUGGACUACUUGCACAUUCAGACUGCGCUGUUUCUUUACCACCUCUCAUUCUGUCCUGCAGACGGAUAGCAGCCAGCAGAGCAGUGCUCUGGCAGAGCUGAAACAGAGUCUGAGUGCUCAGGGUGUGACUCUGGACCUGGAGUAUUCCUCCACCAUUCACGACAGGGAGAUCAGGUACAGUUCAGACCAAAGAGAUUAUAUACAUACUCUCUCACUGUAAAUAAAGCUCUUUUAUGGCAGUAAUCAAAAAUCAGUUUGUCUUUUCAGAUUUGAUAAUGGGUGGAUCAUAAAGAUAGGAAGAGGGCUUGAUUAUUUCAAGAAGCCCAAAGUGAGUCUUUUUACUCAUUUUUUUUCUUGUCUUAUUGCAGUCAUCAGCAUCAAAGUUUUUUCACCUUGAAUCAACAUUAUGAUUUGUGAUUUUAUUUGAUGAAGUGUCUGUCUUUCCUUUCAGGGGCGGUUCUCUAUCGGUUAUUGUGACUAUGACCUGCGACAGUGUCAGGAGACUAACAUUGACAUCUUUCACACCAAACAUACAAAGACACUAUGAGAUAUGAAACUGAAAUGACUUAUUUUAACAUCUAAUGUAACUUAACUUACCAGCCUGCUCUUAGAGUGCUCAGUCACAUCUGCCGUGUUGUUGGAUUUGCCUGAACAGACAGACAGACUUAAAAAACUGUAGCAGCGGUACUUUACAAAAAGCUUUAUGCAACACCAGUGUGUCUUCAAUUUUACCUCUAUGAUUCUGAUUUUUUUAUUUUGUUGAGAAAUUGAAACUUUCUGCGUAUCCAUGCAAAGACUCACAUCUGUUUAUGUAUGAGUUUUUUUUUUAAUAUUUUUGUUGACCUUUAUGUAACUAUUUUUUCUUAAGGUGGUCCAUAAUGACAGAAAGCGAAUUUUAAGUCUUAUACCACCAUCUGGUGGAAUAAUGAAUGAAAAGUUUUCUAAUAUAUAAAUUAAAAGUGCUUUGUGAUAUAAUGA